UGUGUCCUUUCCCAAUUCAGCAUUUUGGCUGAUGCAAUCACAAAUGUAUUUUUAUCAAUAUUUAAUACAAAUGUGUGUAUAAAUUACAGUGUUCUCGUUACUUAUUGUCUUUAUUUAUAAACUACUGUAGUCUUUUGGAAAAAAUAAAAAUGACAGAAGAAGAAGCAAUGUUUGACUUGUCCCUCAAGAAGAAGAAAAAGAAGAAGACAGCGUUCGAUAUUGAUGCAGUGCUGGGAGAUGACAGCAGCACCCCUAUGGAAACUAGUGAACCUGUUGAAGAAAUCCCCGAUAUUGAUUUGGAUGGGAAAAAAAAGAAAAAGAAAAAGAAGCCUUUUAAUUUAGAUGAAUUGGACAAUGCCUUACCAGAAAGUAAAGAAGGUGCUAAUGAUGCUGCCGAAUCAGGUGCAGCUCCCGAAGAGGCCCCUGUAGAUGAUGAUUUUGAUCUGGACAUGGACUUUUCGAAAACGAAAAAGAAAAAGAAGAAGAAGAAGGAUUUAGAUGUUCUGGUUUCAGAAGAGGAUCAGAAAUCUGAGGACAAAGAGAAUGUUGAAAUGAGCAGUACCUCAUGGCAUGGUUCUGAUCGUGAUUACACAUAUGACGAGUUGCUGAAUAGAGUUUUUGAAAUUAUGCAUGACAAGAAUCCUGAUAUGGUAGCAGGGAAAAAGCAGAAGUUUGUAAUGAGACCUCCACAAGUUGUGAAAAUUGGAACAAAGAAGACUUCAUUUGCUAAUUUCACUGAUAUUUGCAGAACCCUGCAUAGGCAACCUAAACAUUUAUUAGAUUUCUUGUUAGCUGAAUUGGGUACCAGUGGUUCCGUAGACGGUAACAGUCAAUUAAUUAUUAAAGGCCGUUUCCAGCAAAAACAAAUUGAAAAUGUUUUGAGAAGGUAUAUCAAAGAAUACGUAACCUGCCACACCUGUCGUUCCCCCGACACCAUCCUGCAGAAAGACUCACGUCUGUUCUUCUUGCAAUGUGAAUCUUGUGGAUCCCGUUGCUCUGUCGCCAGUAUCAAAUCAGGUUUCCAGGCCGUUACUGGAAAACGUGCUGCCAUCAGAGCAAAGACAGCUUAGGAAAUUUAUUAUUAAUUAUUAUUUGUUGGAAAUUCACACACAUACACACAUAUACAAA